CCGGUGUCAUGAUUCUGCAGAGUAGUUUAUCACAGUUCUGACUUCUGCUUUAGUUCAGUGUGUGACAGGAGUCGGUUCAGAUGACUCAGAAUGACUGUGAGGAAACUCGCGCUGUGUUUUCUGCUCGUUUCUGUCGCCCGUGUCGCGGCCAAACCGCCGAAUAUCGUGUUGAUUUUGGCGGAUGAUUUCGGCUGGAAUGAUGUGGGCUACCACGGCUCUGAGAUCCGGACUCCUCAUCUGGACCGCCUGUCCGAGCGCGGGGUUCGGCUGGAGAAUUACUACGUGCAGCCGCUGUGCACUCCGUCCCGGAACCAGCUGAUGACCGGCCGCUACCAGAUUCACACGGGUCUGCAGCACCAGAUCAUCUGGCCGUGUCAGCCGUACUGCGUUCCUCUGGACGAGACGCUGCUGCCCGAGCUCCUGCGGGACGCCGGAUACCACACACACAUGGUGGGCAAGUGGCACCUGGGCAUGUUCAGGAAGGCCUGUCUGCCCACGCGCCGAGGAUUCAACAGCUUCUUCGGCUACCUGACGGGUUCAGAGGACUACUUCAAUCAUACCAGGUGCAGUUUCAUCGCUCCUCUGAACGUGACGCGCUGCGCUCUGGACCUGCGUGACGGCGAGGACGUGGCUGUGAAUUACACGGGACUCUACUCCACUGAACUCUUCACCCAGAGAGCCACGGACAUCAUCACACGACACACACCUGAGAAACCGUUGUUCCUGUAUGUGGCGCUGCAGGCGGUUCACGGCCCCAUGCAGGUCCCCGAGCGCUACGUCAGCCCCUACAGCUUCAUCAAGGACCAGCGGCGGCGCGAGUACGCAGGGAUGGUGUCAGCCAUGGAUGAGGCCGUGGGGAACAUCAGCCGAGCGCUGCAGGACUCGGGGCUCUGGAACAACACCGUCCUCAUUUUCUCAACAGAUAACGGCGGUCAGACCCUGACGGGAGGAAAUAACUGGCCUCUGCGUGGCAGGAAGUGGACGCUCUGGGAGGGCGGAGUCAGGGGCGUGGCCUUUGUGAGCGGCCCACUCAUAGAGCAGCCGGGAGCUGUCAGUCGAGAGCUCAUCCACGUCUCUGAUUGGCUGCCUACGAUUGUGGGUCUGGCCAGGGCGUCGACGAACGGAACCAAACCUCUGGACGGGUUCGACGUGUGGGACGCUAUCAGUCGCGGCAAAGCGUCUCCUCGAGUCGAGCUUCUGCACAACAUCGACCCGCUGUAUGUGGACACCGCUCCAUGUCCUGGAGACGAGGUGUCAGGAGAGUUUCUGGAGGAGUCUUUGCGCUCGUCAGCGCCUCGGCCCGCCACUCUCGGCUCUCGCUUGGAGUUUAACAUCUCGGUUCACGCCGCCAUUCGUUACAAGAACUGGAAGCUUCUCACAGGUUACCCAGGUUGUCCUCUGUGGUUCGCGCCCCCUGCUGGCCGUCCGCUGGAGGCGUCGGAGCCGCUGAAGCAGGUGAUGCUGUUCGACAUCGAGAAGGAUCCCGAGGAGCGUGUGGAGGUGUCCCAUCAGCGGCCGGAGGUGGUGUCCUUCCUGCUCAGACGCCUGCAGCAGCACCAGAAGCAGGCCGUUCCCAUCAUCUUCCCCCCGGACGACCCGCGCUGUGACCCCGAAACCACCGGAGCCUGGGGACCCUGGGAAUGAGGAUGAAGGCUAGUCAUGCAAACAGAACUGAGUCAUUCAUUAAUGAGCUGAAGAGCGUCAGUGAUGAGACGCUUAUGAACAAUCAUUAAGUUUAGUGAAUAUUUUUAUCCUAUGCUUGAGUGUGUACGUGAGUGUGUGCGUGAGUGAGUGAGUGAGUGAGUGAGUGAGUGAGUGAGUGAGUGAG